AUGACUGAACCUCUGCCCCUUGAUGUGCCACUGCACGUAAAGUACAUCCAGCAGCUUGAUGAGAAGAAGGAUCUGGCCUACCACCUGACUGAACACCUCCGCCUCAACGGCGUUUACUGGGGCCUAACAGCCCUGUGUAUCAUGGGGCACAAGGACGCGCUUCCUCGCGACGCGAUGAUUGAAUACGUGAUGGCGUGCUGGGACGAGUCAGCUGGCGCCUUCGGAGCGCACCCAGGGCAUGAUGCGCACAUCCAUGCGACACUGAGCGCGCUGCAGGUGUUGAUCAUGCAGGACGCACUGGAGCGAGUGGACGCACAGCGCGUCGUGGCGUUCCUCAUUUCCCUGGUUGGGGCGGACGGCCGCGUGGCAGGAGACGAGUUCGGCGAACGGGAUACGCGGUUUUCCUAUAUCCUAGUGUCGGCACUCUCGCUUCUAGGGCGACUCGAUGCCCUUGAAGCCGCGCAUGGUGGCAAGGGACGUGAGCUAGUGCUGGACAAUAUUGUGCGUAGCAUGAACUUUGACGGCGCUUUCGGUGCCGAGCCAGGAGCCGAGAGCCAUGGCGCACAAGUCUGGGUGUGCGUCGCUGCUCUCGCAAUACUGGGCGAACUCGACCGCGUCGACCGCGACCUCCUUGGGUGGUGGUUGAGCGAGCGGCAACUGCCCAACGGCGGACUGAACGGGCGCCCCGAGAAGCUUGAGGACGUAUGCUACUCGUGGUGGAACCUGGCGGCGCUGAGUAUCAUCGGCAAGCUGCACUGGAUCAAUCGCGACAAGCUUAUUUCGUUCAUCCUUGGGGCGCAAGACACCGAGGACGGAGGCAUUGCUGACAGGCCGGGGGAUUGGGUCGACGUGUUCCAUACCGUCUUUGGACUCGCCGGCCUUAGUCUGCUCGGAUAUCCCGGCCUGAAGGAUGUGGACCCACUGUACUGCAUGCCGGCCGAGGUUAUUGCCGCCCGCGGCCUGAAGCGGGAAUACACUACGCGGCCGAGACUGGAGGCGUGGCCAUAG